UGCAAAUACCUCAAUAAAUACAAAACUAAUGGGUCUAAUUAUUGAAUCCGUUUCGAUCAUAAAACUUGACAAUUCGAUCGAAAAUUAUUACAUUGAAAUUAUUGAAACCGUAUCGAAAAUUAAGUUUUUAAUGCAGUUGAACUUACUUGCCGACUCCAUAAAAUACAUUCCUUGGCUAAUAGAUGGCGCUAACUUCGAAAUCAUUGAAACCGCAAAAUCGCAAAUAUUUGUCGAAAUCUAUCCGUUGAUCAGUGAACUGCGUAAAUUGGCAAAAAUGGAGUAUUUAGAAAAGAAACAAAAACACACCAACAAAAAUCUAUUGGAAGUACUGGUGGAUAUUAUGAAGUUGCACCCAGACAUAGCUAAAGGAUUUUCCCAAAAAAAGUGAUUUUCGCAUUGCCCCAAAAUGUAUAUAAUUGCCCUUUUGUUGAUCCGAAAGUGUUUGAUGAAACUGCGCAUGUACAAACAUACAUACUAUGUAAAUAGAAUGUUAAAUAGUUCAACUCAGUUAUAGUCAUCCAUUUCCAACACGUCUUUUGAAAUGUUCUUCAAAUUUCUGCGCUAACGACGAAU